GGACUCGUCACCCGGCGGGGGGUGGAGUGGGAUGUUUGAACCGCACCGCAGAGUCUAAAUCAUCCGCGCUUCGGCUGCUCGACGCUGUUUAUCGGGCGUCCAGACCCUGAUAAAUCCUAACACACGGCCUCUCUAAAAGCAGAGGAAGCAGACACAGGAAUGUCUGCAGGAACAUGUGCGUCUCUCUGCUGCGCUCUGCUCUUUGCUGGCAUCUCCAUCUCUGCAGGCCAGGAAACCAUCACAGCUGAGCCUGGACAGAACAUCAUUCUGCCAUGUCGAGCUCCAAAUAACAACCAGAUCAGAGCUGUAGUGUGGGCCAAACCUGAUCUAGAAGAUGAACAUGUGUAUUUGUACCGGGACGGACGGUUUGAUCCAGAAGAGCAGAAUCCAGUUUAUAGGAACCGGGUGGAUCUGCAGGACACACAGAUGAAGGACGGAGACGUGUCUUUGAUCCUGAAGGAUGUGACAGUUAAUGACACUGGAACAUAUGAGUGUCGCGUCAUCCAGAGAGGAGCGAGCCACAGUAACAAGGCGCCCAGCAUCAUCUACCUGAGAGUUGUUGAUCCUCCAGGUCCAUCAGGAGGAACCACAGAGGAUGGAGGAUCUGUUGGACUGAUAGCUGGUCUGUCCGUUUCUGCUGCAAUUCUUCUCCUCAUUAUUAUUAUUGCUGUUGUUGUUUUUUUGACCUACAGGGAAAAAACCCUGAAAUCAAACAUCAUCAGGUGUCAAAUAUUUUGAAAUGAGUUAUUUCCAGCUGAACUGUGAGUCUCUUUUUGCCGUUACAAGUUCUCAAGUUGUCUCUCAACACAGGAAAGACAGAGGAGAACAAGCUGAAAUUAAUAAUCAUCAAUGCUGUGUUGUUACAUUAAAGUUAAACCAUUUCCCUCCACGAAGGAGACUCCAGGCUGUUUCUGUUGUGUUGAUUCAUUUCCUUUACACUUUGUU